UCGCACAACAAAUUUUCAUAAGCUGCUCUUGCCUCGAAUCCGUGAGUACACCUUUUGACUGCGACGUUCGUUCUUAUGAAAAAGCGGCAUCAUCAGAGCAGUUGGCAGGACUGACUGCAUGGCACUGGUCGAUUUGACACAGUGGUGUUGGCGGCAGCGGUGUGAGGUGUUACACAGUCGUGCACAUACGUCGUUUGCUGUCUCAACCGAAUUAAUAAGAGUGUGGCUGUCAUGGCAGAGGCUGGGAGAGGCAGCCUAGCAGCUGGCCCGGGCCCGCAGCUGGAGUCUGGCGAUGGAGCGGGCGUGGGACAGCCGGCGGCGCCCGAAGCUGCAGCGGAGGAGUCUGCUGAGGAAGAGGCACCAGACAGCAGCCCUUCCAGAGAGGAAAGCCGCAGCAAGCUGAUGGAAGCAGCUGAGGACUGGGACAUGGAGGAGGUGAUCGCGCUGGUGGCGGCAGGGGCGGACGUGGGGGCGAGAGGAGAGUGCGAGACCACUGCUCUGCACUGGGCGGCGGAGAGCGGGCACUUGGAGGCGGUGAAGUGCCUGCUGGCGGCUGGGGCAGAGGUGGACGCCAGAGACAACAGACAAGUCACGCCUCUGCACUUAGCUGCAUAUGAAGGCCACACGCCUGUGGUGCGGCUGCUGCUUGGGGCGUCAGCUGACCCCAACGCUAGAGAUGCUCAAGGAAGGACGCCACUGCACGAUGCAGCAAGAGAGGGCCAUUUAGAUGUGGCGACUGCACUGCUUGAGGCAGGGGCAAACAGUGGGGUCAGGGAUCCAAAGGAAGACAAGCCCCCUGGUUAUCGUCAGAGAGCAAAAUAAGCAGAGAUUUGCAGACAUGAAAUUAUCUGUGCAACAAAUGACUGUGGAAGAAACUUGAAACAGUUUUUUACACUUCUUGAUAAGUUUUAUUAAAAAAUGCGAAAAUUUGAUCCUGCAGUCUCUUAUUUGGGCCCAUCUCUACUAAUACUACAGCAAAACUCAGGUACAGAUAGAUAUGAGUACUCUACAUUAACAAGAGGCUGCAAGCCAUCGCUACUUUAAUCAUAAAUAUAUCUGAGUGACGCUAAAUGUUACUUUCUACACAUACAGAAAAAUACUCUCAACAAUCUUCAAAUUGUGGGCUACAUAAUUUUUUUAUUUAUGAAAUUAAUGAAUUUAUGCAUGACAUUUCUGUUGCCUAUAUCUGCACUCACUUUCGUAACUCAAAUUAACUAAUUUAAUAAAAUUAACCGUUUAAUUACUGUGUACCCAUUUAUUACCACAAAAAAUAAAAACGAUAAUAGUUCAGG